UUUGCAAAAUGACAGAUUUCAACGUACAUCCACAUUGCUAAAAGAUAUAGAACUCUUGUCAACAUUAGCCUGCAGUCCAGAAGUGCCAAAUAACAGCUUCAAACCUCUCACAACAGCAUCAACAGAAUUAGGAUCACAAUCACAGAAAAUAAACAAGUCAUCAACAAAACAUAAAUAACUUAAUUUCAAACUCUUAUACCCUGAAUGAUAUUUGAAGCCAUCUCAGCAUACUUUGUCCAAGAUCCUAGAGAAAUAUUCCAUAGAAAUCACAAAGAGGAGGAGGAAGGCAGUGGCUGCCUGCCUCACACCUAGAGAACUAGCAAAUAAACCCACAACACAUGGAAAGAUAGAUAAAUUAAAGUGAAAAUUUGAGAUCAAAAAGCAUCUCCUCAAGAAAGUCCCAGGAUAGGGAACCAUAAGCUUUCCUUAGAUCCUCUUUCAAAGCACAGUUUGCAGCACCACCCUUCCUGUAGUAACCCCUCGCCAACUCAUGUGCAAGCAAAAUACUUUCUCUAAUUUUCCUUUGUGCAUAAAGGCACUUUUGGUUUAACUGAAUGAUCUUUGCCUAAACAUUUACUUGUCUACACCAAAAUAAUAUUGCCUUCAUUUUUCUUUUCGUUUUCUUCAUUUAAUUUCUUUCUUUUUUCGCAGGGUAAUUAAAGAAUAACAGAAAAACAAAUGAACUGAAGUGUUAGCAUUACAGAGCUAAAGCUGGAGUGCUCUAGCGUGGCAGCAACAUGGAUUGCCCAAGCCAACGAAAAUGGCAAAUAAAGAAAUUUAAAAGAGAACAGACAAGAUGUUAGUUAGUACGUAUACAUUUAUAGUAAUUUUGGGGAAUUCAAACAACCAGCCAAUUGUGUAUUCAUAGCUAUUUUCGCAGCUUCAAUUCCAAAACUGCCCGACUUCAUGCUUUCCUCCAUAUUUAGCCCAAACCCAAUACAUUAUGUCGCCUUUUCCUUUUUCACAUCAAUUGCGUGACAUCCGUGGAUGAUUCCAUUCUAAGAUCUUAUCUUUAAUGUUUUUGUUUUUGUUUUUUUUUACAAGGAUGUUAUUAGAGGAGUGGGUGGUGCAGGGACAAGCUUGAUUAUGAAUAGGAGUUGCGGAGGCGGGAAACUUGAGGUUAUGAAUUAUGCAGGUUCAUUGCCUCAGGAAGAAAAUGGUGCCGUCGGAUGCCGAUUCCAUUUGAGAUUAUCGGCAUCCAAUUCUUUCUGCAUUGCUUCCGAGGCCUUCUCAUAGCAAAUCAACACUAAAAAGAGUACCCAUUAAAAAAAAAAACAUUUGACCUCUGCGUUAUAGAGAUUUAAUAAUUAAUUCGAUUUUCUUUUUUUGCUCUUUGGUCAUUUUCGAAAAUGAGAAGCGGUGGUGGAGGAGGAACACUGGCAUUGGCAUCUAAUAAUGGAACCUAUUCUGCAUUGGAGCCUCCUGAUGCAAAGGGUGAUUUCGUAGAAACAGAUCCUACCAGUAGAUAUGUUCGGUAUGAUGAGGUCUUGGGCAAGGGUGCUUUCAAGACUGUUUACAAGGGAUUUGAUGAAGUAGAUGGAAUAGAGGUUGCUUGGAACCAAGUAAGGAUUGCCGAUGUCUUGCGGUCACCUAAAGAUUUGGAAAAAUUGCAUUCUGAAGUUCAUUUGCUGAGAUCAUUGAAACAUGAAAAUAUCAUGGAGUUGUGUAAUUCGUGGGUGGAUGAUAAGAAAAAAACUAUUAAUAUGAUUACUGAGCUCUUCACAUCUGGGAAUCUCAGGCAAUAUCGUAAGAAGCAUAAGAAUGUCGAUAUGAAGGCAAUAAAGAACUGGGCAAGGCAAAUUCUCCAAGGUUUAGUCUAUCUCCAUGGCCAUAAUCCACCUAUCAUCCACAGGGAUUUAAAAUGUGAUAACAUCUUUGUUAAUGGACACAACGGAGUAGUUAAAAUUGGAGACCUCGGAUUAGCCAUUAUUAUGCAGCAACCUACUGCUACAAGUGUCAUUGGAACUCCUGAAUUUAUGGCUACAGAACUUUAUGAAGAGGAAUAUAAUGAACUCAUUGACAUAUACUCUUUCGGGAUGUGCAUGCUAGAAAUGGUUACCUUUGAGUACCCAUACAGCGAAUGCAGAAAUCCAGCUCAAAUUUACAAGAAGGUUACGUCUGGCAUUAAACCUGCUUCCCUUGGUAAUGUGAGUGAUCCACAAGUUAAGGAGUUUAUUCUGAAAUGUUUGGUUCCAGCAUCUGAGCGAUUGUCUGCUAAAGAACUUCUCAAAGACCCAUUCCUUCAACCUCAGAAUCUAGUAGAACCAGUGCGUGAUCCCUUGCUCUUACCAAACCAGUACCCUAAAUCGUCAAGUGCAACCAAGUCGGGACCUCUGUCAAUGGAUAUAGAUGCUGACUAUAAGCAGAUUUCUUCAAGCACUUGUACUGGUAGCAACAAUGAAGGUACAAGAUUUCCGGUGCCGGAAUAUCAGAGAGAACAUAAGAAUAAGGUGUUCAAGUUAAAAGGAAAAGAAAGUGAUGAUAAUUCUGUUUCAUUGACGUUGAGAAUUGCCGACUCUUCUGGUCGAGUCUGGAAUAUUCAUUUCCUCUUCUACCUUGAUAGUGAUACUGCACUAUCCGUGGCAAGCGAGAUGGUUGAUCAGCUAGAGUUGGCAGAUCAUGAUGUCGCCUUCAUUGCUGAGUUCAUCGAUCAUUUGAUUAUGAAACUUAGUCCUGGUUGGAAGCUAUCAUCCAAUUAUUCCUUGAAUGAACUGACGAGCUUUUACACAGCGUCCGCAGCCCUUGAAAACUCAGUAGCUUGCCCCUGGGAUUCAGUACUUACUACAGUUCUUUCUCAGCCAGCGGUUGAGCAGGAGGCUCUCUCUGGAAUGACCACAACUCCUCCAGAAGGUAGCUUACAAGCUGAUGACUUCAAUUAUAAUGACAACCGUGAUGGUGCUGUUUUUCAUAUCAACUAUCACUCUUCUCCAAGUUUUGGUUACAUGGAAGAUCAAGAUUCACAAACAUCAGGUGUUUCAGAGAUACUGGUUGAAGAUGUUUCCUCAAAAGAUGACAGAAUAUCCGAACUCCCUGAUUACAAUACCGAUGGAAAUUGUAAAUACCUAAAUGGAUAUACCUCUGAACCAGAACUUAGAGACUCGUAUUCUCUUCGCAAAUUGGAAAGAAAUGAUAGCGGUGUUGGAGAAUGCAUUCCAAUGAAUGAAAAUGCGAAAGUUUCUGAAACGCCAUUUCCUAAGCUUAGUGGGGCGCCUAAUGAUAUGAGCAUGACAAGCAGCAGUUCUUCAUCUUUGUACCUAGUUGGCAAAAGCAUGGAUACCGAGCUAAAGCUGGAGCUUGAUGCAAUUGAAGCGCAGUACCAGAACUGGUUUCGGGAUCUUUCUAGGAGGAGGGAGGAGGCAUUGGAAUCUACCAAAAAGCGAUGGACAGCAAAGAAGAAGUUGCCUGUUCAUUUAACAAGUACAUUAUUCUAGACCAAGUGUGGAUCCAAGUUUAAUAAUUUCGUCGAUAAUAUUGACUUAAGGAUUGUUGAAGGAUGGGAAUUCGGGAUGUUUUGAAUCUAGUCUUCCAACUGUGAUUAUGGCUCUUUUUUAAUUUUUUUUUUCAGAAGCAGCCUCGAUCCUCUCAAAUCUAAUCUGUGUUAAUUUCUUUUGGAAAUAAGUGCAUGUAUAUAAUUGUUAAUUUUGCAUAAUCUCAGACAUGGUUCUGCAUUUCCAUUCUUUUUAUCCAUGGGCACUGCAUGAAUAACAGGUCACAUACAUGUCUUUCCAUUUUCUAACGGUUGGAAAGAAGAUAAUGAAAAUUAAGAUCUUUUAACUAGAUGAGCUAGCUACCAUGUCCAAGGAGAGCUUAUAGAUCCAUAGCAUCGUGUUCCAGCAGA